AUGCUUUUUAUUGCAGGAGAAAAGUCAAAAGGGGUACUGAUCAAUGUGGAGAGCAAAAUAAUCCAACGCCAGUACGUGGUUGGUCAGCUCCACCGCUACGCCGCUGUUUUUAAUCCUGCCAAUCAUUUAAUCCUCGCGAAUGAGGCAAGGGGAUGCUCACUUUUUCUCUCUUCCGCCAGCCAGCAGCCGGUGCUGCGGAGUUUCACCCCUUCUCCGAUAACCAGUUGUGCCGUGACCUCCUGUGGGACGUUUAUGAUAGCGGGGAAUGCGCUUGGCAGUCUUUUUUCAUGGAGCCUGAUUAGUGGACAGCUUUUGAAGAAUUUUAAAGCGCACAUCCGAAAGGUCAACUGCAUCGCGAUCUCGUCCAACAACACCUUGGUGGUGACGGCUUCUGAGGAUUCGAUGUGCAAGGUGUGGGCGCUCUCCUCCUUGCUGGCGGGGGCGACGACGGAGAUGCAGCCGGUGGUCUCCUUCUCCGGGCAUUCUCUUAGCGUGAACAGCUGUGUUUUCUUCCACCAUUGCGAGGCGAUUGUAAGCGGCUCGUCAGACUCCACGUGCCGGGUAUUUGAUGCGUUUUCGGGCGAGCAGCUGAGGCUUUUUAUGGUGGGGGAUGAGGUAACCUCGCUUGCCAUCAGCGACGACGAUCGGGACUUGGCGGUGGGCACUAGCCUAGGAUAUUUGCAUUUUAGCUCGUUUCACUCAGCCGAGGCGAACAAGAUGCUCCCUGUUAAACCUCAAUCCUCGCAUCCAAUGAGCCCUGCCGUGGUGUGCAAACCCAAAGAGGAUGGUCACCAUUCGCCUAUCAUUUAUUUGGGGUAUAACAGUAAGACGAGUUCAUCGUUGGUGCUCUCUGUGAGUGAAAACGGGGCGGUGAUGUGGUAUGAUUCGAAGUCUGGAUGUCUCUUCAAGGAGGUGAUGACUCCGAAAAAGUGGAAGAUCCACAGCUGCUGUUAUCUUGACGCGCCGCUAGAGCUCACCAAAAAAAAAACCUGUGUGGGGCUCAGCAAAAAUCCUCUAGACUCGAUAAAUACCAGUUAUUUGCUUUAUAAAGUGAAAGCAAAAGAACUCAACAAGUCGACUUCAGUGGAUGUGGAAGAAACACGUAAACGCCUUCGAGACACAACGAAUGCAGGUGAUCCCGAAUUGACAGAUAAAGGUCUUGGCUAUCACGAAGAGAAAGACGAGGAAGACGAGUUGUCCGAUUUGAUAAGUAAAAAUGAAGAACUAAACGAGUUAAGAAGAAAAAUGAUAGCAAAGGUCGAAAAGAUUAAGUUAUCCCAAAAAUAA